AUGUACGUGCCUUCCAAGUUCGCACACCUGGCCGAGACGCCCAAGUCGGCGCUCAACUGGCGUCUUGCCUUUGCCGUGAUCGGCAUGGGUCUGCUCGGUGCCUCCCGUGGUAUCGACGAAGGCCUGAUCGGCGGCAUGAUUUCGCAAAAGACGUUCGAAAAGGAAUUCAACAUUCCGGCCAAAUCCAACAAGGAGUCCAAUGUGACCGCCAUGGUCCAGCUCUUCUCGGUGCUCGGCGCGAUCAUCGGAUACCCCAUCGCCGAGCGUCUUGGUCGUGUCCGUGGUGCGCAGAUCGCCUGCAUGCUCGUGUUGCUCGGCAGCGCUCUCUGGAUCAGCAGCAAGGGCAACUACGCCAUGCUUUUGGCCGCUCGUGCUAUCGCAGGAACCGGUGUCGGCCUUACUCCGGUCGUCGCCCCGGUCUUCUUGGUGGAAACAGCGCCUAGACAGAUCCGUGGUCUCUGCACAUCGGUUUACUCGUUCAACGUCUACUUAGGUUUGCUCUUGGGCUACUGCACAAAUCUGGGGGUCAAGUCUCAUAUCAACGCCAAGACCGACGCUAUCUGGAGGGUGCCUCUGUCACUCAACUUUGCUCUGCACGGUGUCGUGCUCGUAUGCUUGCUUUUCCUCAAGGAAUCGCCUCGUUGGCUGAUGAAGCGCGGUCGUGUCGAGGAGGCGUCGCAGUCGCUCGGCUGGUACCGUGGAAUGGAGCCUCGCGACCAAGCGUUUGUCGAGGAAUACGAGCUUAUUGUAGACUCUGUUAGGCAGGAGAAGGAGGCCACCGAGGGUCUUGGCUUCAUGGGCAAGGUGCGCGAGCUCUUCUGCACCAAGAACAACCAGUUCAAGCUCGUACUUUGCGUGCUUAUCCAGAUCCUUGGUCAGUGGCAGGGUCCCGGUGCGCUGUCGACCUACGCCAACCGUAUCCUUACCCUCAUCGGCGUGCACGAUACCCGAGGCUAUGUCAUGUCGGCUGGCUUCGGUGCCGUCAAGCUUGGAGCGGGUAUCCUUUCGUCGUUCUUCUUGAUCGAUCUGUUUGGUCGUCGCCGUACGCUGUGGGUCUCGACCCUCUGCCAGGGGCUUGCGAUGCUGUACGUGGCCAUCUACCUUGGCGUCUUCAUCGACCACAAGCAUGCGCCCAACAAGGCUGCCUCGGAGGCCGCCAUCGCGGGUAUCUUCAUCGCCGGUGCCUCUUGGUCGGCGGGUGGUAACCUUGCGCAGUACCUCAUCAACUCGGAGAUCUUCAGCCUCGACGUGCGUGCUCUGUCGGCGUCGUUCGUGAUGGCGCUGCACUUCCUCUUCCAGUACAGCACGACGCGCGCGCUGCAGCCCAUGCUCAACUCGAACCUCAAGGGAGCCGGCACCUUUGCGGUGUUCGCAGCCAUGUCGCUGGUCGUGGCGCUGCCCGUCUACCUCUUCUUCCUGCCAGAGACGUCGGGUAUGAGCCUCGAGAAGAUCGACGAGCUGUUCGACCUGCCUUGGUACAAGAUCGGCCGCGCGAGUCGACGACCGGUGCGCGACGAGGUGCCGUCCCACUCGAUGCCCGCCGCACUCGAGUCGCAGUGGCAGCAGACGGGCGUCAGCGCGCCCGCUGUCGACGACAAGGACAAGGACAAGGACGGAACCUACGCCGACUCCCAGCCUGCCUUUGGCGUGCGCGACGCCAACUGGAUGGGCCACAAGACGCACAUCGUGAUCAAACGACCGAAGCUGAGGGACCGCCCCCCCAUGCGCCGUGUCAUGAAGUGGGGUACAUCUGCAGUCGAUAAAGCCCACCACAGCGCGGUUCGAAGACAGGCACAUGUGCAUCGUUUUGCAGAGCCGCUGUGGGCUGCGCCGAUGGGGGCGUGGGGGGUCGAUCAGGAACACAGCAGCUACGCAGGAACACCAGAAGAUGAUCCGGAUGCAGCACAUCGAUACAACAGGACGCUGGUCAGGAUGUUGAUUGGUCUGUCGAACGUUGCCGGUGAGCUUGUGCCCAGUGUGCCCGGAGCCCGAAUUGAAUUUUCGGGUUUGCGAUGCUGCCAAGCCUUUUUUAGUGGGCCCGCUCCACGCACACGCUGCAGCCGACAGUCGGGAGUACGGAUGUACCAGAGCCGAUUCGUUGUUCCGCCCAUUGGAUCCAAGGCGGACGCUGUGGGCGGCGUCUGCUACCGUCGGCUAUUGGCGGGAGCGUGUGGAUCGAGAGAGGACGCUACGUUAGGUGGCGGCAAGGCUGCAAGGCCUGCAAGACUCUGCAGCAGUCAAUUGGUGGGUCCACAGCCAAUGGAAAGGGCGAACCUCGCCAUCUGGAACUCUGCUGCACAUUCGACAUCGCUCACUGCACUAGGCCGCAUCGCAUCGGAUCUGCCGAAGCGGCUGGUCUGGUUUUUAGUCGGUCAUUUCGGCAGCCCCACCGCCGAUGGAGAGUCGGCGCUGCUGCUCUUUCCGGUAGCGAGCCGUCGUCGCGCUCUCAGCCCCGACGCCCAGCCAAGGCGUGGUGGCUCCACUUUGAUUUUUGGACCCGCCCGAACCCAACCAACCGCGACCUCGCCCCUGCUUUGCAUCCGUGGUCCGCCCACUCCAUCAACCAUCAUCUCGUCUUCGUCCUUCUUCUCGGCCACCAUUCCAUCCGUCGCACACAUCCAAGCUGCACGCUGCACCACGCUCGUUCGACUGACGCUUCAAGGCCUGCUCACUGCGCCUCGGAGCGCGGCGGCGAUGAGGGUGCAGCUUCCGGACGAGAUCGUCGACCACAUCCUCUACCUUGCCUGCAGCCUUCCACCUCUCCGCACCGACGAGUUCCGCGAACCCUCCGACUUUGACGUCAACCGUCUCAAGGCUCGCUCGUCCGCACCUCAUCUCGAUGUCCGCACAACGCUCAAGCUCCUCCUCCUCUCGCCCCAGCACUAUCCCUACAUCGCAUCCAUCCUCUACAAGGGCCCGCGCCUCUCGGAUCCCAUCAGUCUUUCCCUCUUCGCCCGCACCCUCACCAACAGACCCGCGCUCGGCCGCCUCGUAAAGCACCUCUGGGUCGGCCAUACCUACCAAGGCGAGAGCAUCCCCACCAAUGCGCUCAACUUUGGCCUAGGCGGAAGCCAGAGCGCAUACAGCCUCAACAUCGACCUCGCCACCAUCGACGACGUGCGCAAGUGUCUCGCACAGGGUAUCGCUCCACCCAACCUUCUUUCGCCCGCAUUCGAGAAGAGGAUUGCACAAUGGGCCGCACAGAACGUCCAGGCCAAUAUCCGCACCAUCGAUCCUUCUCGCGCGCCGCGAGGCAUUCACAUUGAUGCGCCCGGCUCCGGCGACCCCGACUCGCGCGGCUGGCACUGGAUCGGCGUGGAUGAGUGGGUCCUGCGUCUCUGGGACGGUCGCGAUCUCGUCAAGCACUUUCGUGAGGUCGCAAAACGCGCCUUCUUCCUCGAGCUCAAGCGCCUCUCUCUCACAGCUGCACGCGCGCGCACGUCCUCGUCCAGUCCGACAUCAGCCUCGUCAUCAUCAACUGCCUCACCUCGAUCCAACUCGCCGCCGUCGAGGCGCCCAAACAAGAGCGACUCCGGCCCGAGCCUUCUCGACACCGAUAUGGUCACCCCCUUCUCCGCCCAGGGCGCAGAGACCCGAAUCCCAGGCACCGACAACGAUCCGCUCGACUGGGGCGACGUCCAGACCUCCGUACAGCCCAACACGGCUCGCGUCGUCGACAACGACGAACCCAUCUACUCGGAAGAGCUCGAUCUCGACGAAAUCGACGCCGAGCGCGACCGUUGCUUUGCAGAGAUGGGCGUCAAGAAACCCGCAUGGCGUUCUCAAAACUGGUCCGAACUCGCCAAAGUCGGCGACCAGAAGGUAGAAUGGUGGGUAGUCUGGCUCUUAGCAAAGUCGAGAGCGCGCGCCCGCAUCGUCGCCCGACGGGUGUGGCAGGCCGACUCGGCGCGCGACCCCAAGCUUCGCACCUGGCGAGCGCUGCGACCGCGGCCCGAGCUCCACACCAAGAACCACUUCACCCAUCCCACCCUCUUUGCUCGCUCGGGCGCCAGCCAUCUCCUCGUCGGCGGUGCGCCGCCUCCGGAGAGGGAGGAAAUUUGGAACGGCAGACGCCAUGGCGACCUCGACGGCCUAUCGGACUCUGGCAGCGACACCGAAUCCGAAGCCGACUCUUACAGCGAGGGCAGCGACUACGACUCGGAGAUGGAGGCCUCUACAUCGCGGAUGGACAUGUCUAUCGUGCACGAAGGCCAGCCUGCGCGUCCCGGUCCGUCCGGUCAGAGCCACGCCGCAUCCGCACCCUCGACGUUCGCCCUGCCCGAGUUCGUCGAGCCCGAGCAGCAGAAGCCCGAAGACCAGGCGGAUCUGUGGGGAGGCGAACACAACUUUGCCAACGGCAACGAGCGCGCGGGCGCAGGCAACAGCGUCAUGGGUUCACGCGGCGGCAUGUUUGGCUUCGAUUCGGCGCUUCGCACCGGCCUCUUGGACGAGCCGCUCGAUGGGCUCGACGACGGCAACGAAUUUGCCAGCCUGCAGAAAGAGAACCAGCAACGGCGCAACGAGGAGGAUCGGCUGCUCUCCGAAAUGACGCUCGGCUCCAUCCUGCAGAGCCUGCGCGCAGUCAUGAUGCUCACGCCCCGCCUCAAGGACCUGGCGCUCGACGGCGUGUUGGAACGCAGCAUCUGCGGGCGUCGCGCAAUGUGCAACAUGGGCAAGCUCAAGAGUCUGUCGCUCGGACCGCCGCCGCCGUACUGGAGCUCACCGCUUUUGUUUGGCCAUCCCAUCAAGACGACGCGACGCGAGCGCCUGGGCUACCACCAGAAGAUGCAUGGCAUCUCGAGCCCCGAGUUCCCGGCGGACGACACACGCUCUCAGAGCCUGUGGCCGCUGCCGGGCGUGCUGAUCCCGUCGCCUGCGUUUGCGACGCUGCGCACGCUGCACAUUUCGGGUUGCAUGCUCUUCCCGUCCGAAGCGAGGGCAGUGGGAGGACUAGGAGGACAGCUGCCCAGCCUGCGCCACUUCCGCUGGUCACUGUGGCAGCCGCACGUCGAGGGCCACCCCGUGGGCGUGGUGGAGACGCUGUGCGCUGUCCUCGACAUUCCGACGCCCGAGGAGGAAGCAGCGGCAGCGGCAGCCACCAGCAGCGCCACGGCCAUCGAAGGCGCUGGAUCGGGCUUCCGCUUCGGCACGUCGUCGUCGAGCUCGGGCACGUACCGCGAGCUGGAGAACCGCAAGCGUCGUCGCCGUCACGGCGACUCGCGCUACCGCUCCAACCCGUUCAGCGCCAGCGGAUCGGGCAUGACCGACUCGGCGCUCUCGUCGUCGCUCGGCAGCGCAGGUACGGCCGCCAGUGCGGCGCACGAGGCGAGCCUGUACGCGCUCGUGACACGCAAGCGAAAGCUGCGCUCGGUGUACGUGACCAUGCAUCCGACGGACCAGGCCAUCUUUGCACGCAAGGCCCCCGCGGCACUGCGCUACGAUACGCGGCUCACCAUCGAGACGGCCAAAUGCAAGGCGGUCGAGGACAACCUCGAAGAGAUGCAGCGGUGGUGGGAGUGGGAGAGCGGCAUGCUGCACUUCAAGCCCACCGUGUCCAACCUCGAGGCGAUCAGCGCCGCCGCAAAGCGCCACGCAGGUCCGCCGCCCAGCUCCGUCUCGGCUCAGCAGCUCAAUGCCGACCAUAGCGGCAUCCAGAUGGACCUCCAGCGUGCCAUGGAUACCGAGCUUGAGCUUGAGCCUCGCUCCGCACACCCGUGA